AUGGGGAAGAAGCUGGAUCUCUCCAGGCUCACGGACGAAGAGGCCCAGCACGUCUGGGAAGUGGUUCGGCGGGACCUGGAGCUCAGACGGAAGGAGGAGGAAAGGCUGCGGUAAUUAAGGGGACGGGUGCGCAAGGGUCAAGUUGGGGACCGCUGGUUUAAAGAAUCUGAAGCAGAGUACAAUAUUCCUUUCCCCCACGUUCUGCACCUGGCAUGGCCCUCCCGGCCCCUCCGACGCCCAAAAGGCAGUGCCUGGAAAGGCUGCAGCCACGUCCACCCAGAGCAGCAGGGCUGGCUUUGCGACCCCUGCCACCGGGCCAGGGUCGUGAAGACGGGCUCGCUGGGGUGGUACUACGGGCAUGUGCGAGCCCGCUUCAAGCGGUUUGGGAGUGCCAAGGUGAUCCGGUCCCUCUGCGAGCGGCUGCCAAGUGGAGGUGGGCCGCAGCCAGGCCCUGGAGAGGAAAGCGGAGACACGGAGCAGACGGACACCGAUGGGGAGCUGGACGCGGCGGCCCAGGCCCGGCCCCUUGGCAGCAGAUCUGUGCCAGCCGAGAAGAAGCGCCUCCUGCUCGUCCACAGCCUGGACUUCGACGCUGACUCCGAUGACUCCAGUCCACCUGGCAGUCACCCCCCAAGCCUGCAGGGCCUCGCAGGUGAGCCGGCCGCGGAGGAGGCCGGUGCCAGGGCCGCUGGGCGCCACCCCCAUGCUGAAGAGCGGACGGACGGCGGAGUCCCGGCCGGUCGGGCCGCCCUCAACGAGCUCCGCCCGCCUGGACAGCCCUGCGCGGUGGCCCUGGGCGUCGCAGCCACACCUGGGACGAACGUCAUCGGGAGCGAGCAGCCCCCUUCCCAGUACCUGGCCGACGUGGACACCUCCGAUGAAGACAGCCGCUGGGGUCUCAGGGCGGCCUUUCGCCAUUCCGAACGGAGAGGCCGGCCGCGGCCCGAGAGGCAGAACCCAGACGAGGGUGAGCAGGCCCCGCUCCGGGUGCGGAACCCCGAGCUUCGCUGCUCCGAGGCUGGUCUCAUGCACAUCUGCAGGAGCCUGGAUGCGUGCAUCCUCCGCACGCCGCAUCCGGCCGCCAGCGAGCCCGCCGCCGCCGACGCAGAGGAGGACACCCUGAAGAGGAAGCUGGAGGAGCUGACCGGCAACAUCAGCGACCAGGGCGCCUCGUCCGAGGAGGAGGGCGAGGACGACGGGGCCCAGCUGGACAGGAGCACCCCCGUGGAGGACUUCCCCAGGGCGGCCUCAGAGGUGCGCCCAGACGCAGGCCAAACGCGCAGAUGGGAAAAGAGUCCCCCGGGCCCUCGGGACCCCGUCCAGCCCUCCAGGACCGCGGACGAGGAGCUGUCAGCGCUGGAGGACAGGGUGGCGAUGACGGCCUCCGAGGUCCAGCAGGCGGAGAGCGAGGUAGCCCCCAUGGCCUCAGAGAGCACGCGGCAGGGCCCUGAAGGCCUCACCGUGCAGCCAGCAGGAAGGGCCCGGCGGUGUCAGCUCCCGAUACUUCUGCCCCGGCUCGCGAGGCAAGUUGGCGGGAGCCCUAAGGAUCCAACCACAGACGCUUCGGAGGGGGUCCAGGUGGUGGCUGUGCCCUACCCCCCGAGGAGGAAGUUCGGUGAUUCCCCUAAAAGUCAGGGUGGAGCCAGCGGGUCCCUCGACCCGAAGUCCAUGUACCGCAGGUCCCUGACACAGAGGAACCCCAGCAGCCGGAGGGGGGCCGCCCAGCACAGCUUCGCUAAACCCGUGAUGACCCACAAGCCCUAA